AGGGCGUCCUCCUCCAUGAUAGAACUGGUGUCACGUUACCAAAUGUAGCUCAGAGAGACCCGGAGGAGCGGUGAGUCGACCAGCUGCUGCUGUGGAGACCUUCCAGAUGCGCGCGGGGAUAGAAUCACUUCUAUGAGAUGAGAGGACGGGACAAAAGAAAGGAUCCAGCAGCUGGAGCCGAGGCCGGAACAGGCGCACCUGUCCCCGCGGUGACCGUCUGCCGCGCGAGCGGCGGGAAAAAAGGUACAAGAUGUUCCAUCUAUGGUGGAGAGAAGGUCUACCUCGGGGUCCGAGUCAGAAUGCCUGUAAGGGAUCUGCUGAGAAACAGCCGCCUGUCCCAGGGCCAGGGACCUCCAGAUCAGGGGGAGAAAGGCCAUAAACCGAGUCCAGGAAACAGGAAACGAGCCAGAACUUGCCACAGAGAGCGAGCAGCCAGAGCACAACGCCCCAUGAAAAGCCUCGAGGAACUAGCUAUCAUCAUCGAGGUGCUAGAGGAGGAUCUCAGAUCUGGUAACACCUACCACCCCCCGCUCCAAAGUCUAGCCGCCUGCGGCUUUCCAACGCACCCGGAGAUGUCUCCAACUGAGGCAGCAUGCAGAGAUGAGUCCGACGAAAUGAUUCCCAGCCCGGAGUCCUACAUGAUUUACUCUCCAGGUCCUGCAGAGUACCACCACGCCAUGUCUCCUCCGGACUGCAUGUUCUCCCCCUUUCAGCUUUCUGGUGGGGAAAACGUGCACAGAAGUGGUGAACAAGGAGAGGAGUGGUUCCAUCCUCACGACUGUGACCAGAAAUUGAGCAGCUCAGCUUUUUUUUGGGCACAGCUGCAGAGAGAGGAGAGCAAGCUGAGGGGAACCUCUGAUGCAGACCUGCUGGCCAGCAACGAACAUGGCAGGACAGUGCUCCAUACAGUGGUGUGUUUGGGGAAACGAGCGCUGGGGUUCGCCAUCGCUGAAAGGAUGGCGGCGCUCAGCAGCCUGGACCUUAAAGACGCUGAUGGAAUGACCGCCCUCCUCUAUGCAGCAAAGCACAACCAUCACCUCAUGGUGGCAGAUUUGAUCCGUUUGGGGGCCAAUGUCAACGAGACCAACAACUCAGGGAAGUCCUGCCUCCAUCUCAGUGCUGAGAAUGGCUACGUCAGAGUCUUAGAGGUCCUGAAACAAGCAAUGAUGGACGGUGUGUUUAUUGACAUGGAAGCCACUGAUAACUCUGGAAUGAGUGUCCUCCAGUCGGCUUCUUUGGCUCUGAAGACCAGCGUUUCCAAGGCGGAAAGCAAACUUCACACACUGCGCCAAGAGCAAAUGAUGGAGACGCUGGGGUGUCUGCUGCAGAUGGAGAGCUACCAUCACACCGUCUGCCAGUCUGUUGGAGGGGAGCCGGCCCAUCCAGCCCAUCCAGCACGCUUGCCCGGCAGGGCGGUUUGGAAACCCAACGGUAAUGUUCUGAGUUAGUUCAGGCUUGAGUGUUCAGGCCUGUUAUGUAAAGCAUCUGGUCGUCUGUGAGUGGCUGAAAUAACUGAGCUGCAUCCAGAUAUCUGUUAUAGCCUUCACAACAAUGUUAGAUGCUUAUGAGCUGGUUUCUGUGAAACUUCCAUUGUUUGCUACGUUCCAGUAGCAACUCAUCCUCAGCAAUGUCCCCGACAUGUAAAAUCUUUGUCUCGCUGGACGUUUUCCUGUAAGUCUGAAAAAAGAUCAUAUGUGAUCUGAUUUAGCUCCCAGAGAAUUUUUAUAUUUUUUUUCCAGCUGGGAUGAUUAUUAGCUACAGGGCUGUAAAACCAGUGAGUUUACAUGUCAGAUCUUUAAGAGGACGAUAUAUCUUAUACUCUGAUGGGGAGGAAAAACUGUAAAAUGUCACUGCUUUGCCUUGAUGUGGAGUUUGUCAGUGGGCUGGUUUCCUGGGUCAUUACCGACUGGUUAGUUGUGGUAAUCCCAGAAUAAACGAGUCCAACGUCUGACUGGACGGAGAGGACCAGAACUUUUAGUCAUUUUAAUUUUAAGCUUGGUGAGUUUUUUUUUCUCAGAUUGUAGUUGGAUUACAGUUUUAAUGUUUUCGUUAUGAAAUGAGGAAAAAUCCUGGGUUAAACAUAAACUGUAACAAGUUUUCUGGUUACUGUGUUAUGUGGUGGUGGGCUGUAAUAACUAAGGAUCAUGGUAUUAUCAUGUUAUCAUGUUAUAUUUUAGAUUAUAAUGAGUUAUCACGCAGUGUAGAGUGGUGGGAGAACUGGUUUAUGUGGACCAUCAUAUAGCUGUCAUGUUUCAUGUUUUGUUUGUUUUUUCCUUUUUUUUUUAACAUUUAUAAAGUCUUUGCAAAUUUCUCUGUUUUUGUCUUAAAUACAUUAUGAUGCAUGUAAAAUAAUGACUAUACAUCCAUGGUAAUAUGGGUAAAACUUCCUGUAAAAGAUUUGUGACUUUUUUCUCAUGCAAAUAUAAAAUGAAGCAAAACAUUUGCUCUUCAUUGUACUCUUUAUUUUUCUAAAGAUUUUAAUGUUAGUGUUUCUUAUUUAUCAGUAAGUGUUCUGUAUUUUUGAUAAGAAUGAGAUUAUUGUAGAAACUCCUGGUUGACUGAGGCGUCGUAUUGAUGCCUCAGCUUUGGCGUGAUGUGUUGGGGAUGCAGUGGUACAUGCAGACGAGUUGCAGACAGACGCUUCCCUUCAUGACCAAGCAUCGCAUGUUGCUGAUGUGUAGCUCGUCUUUAUUAUUAUAACACUGGAAGCAUUUUGAUCUUCAUAUUCAAUAAACGUUUGGGAUUGUUA